AUGCCGCUGCGCGACGGUCCGCCGUUGCGGGUUUCGGCGCUCAUCCUCAGACACCUGACGCUCUACAAUGGUGGCAUCCGAGUGAGUCGCAACAUGUGGCCGCACAUCGACGGCAUCGAACUCGCCGACCCGGACUUCUUCGCAGCCGACCCGGUAGAACUUCUCCUCGGUGCGGAUGUGUGCGUAGCUAUUUUGCAACCCGGUCUUCGACGUGGAAGACGUCGGCAACCUGUGGCCCAGAGGACAACGCUGGGUUGGAUUUUGUCGAGUUCCAUCGGCAUUUCAGCCGCAACCCGAUCUGCCCAAACUCACCACUGUUGCAGCGACGACGACCUUCACAGCUUGGUGCAGGAAUUCUGGCGACAGGAGGAGGUCGUGGCCAAGACUAUUCCACCCACCACGAACGAGCAGGAAGCUGAGGACCACUUCGUCCGAACACAUUCGCGAGACGCCAGCGGCCGCUUUGUCGUGCGUCUGCCUCUCAGGCUGCCGCUCCCAGACCUCGCGGGAACGAAGCGCACCGCAGCCCGCCUGCUCGGGCACAUGGAGCGCAGAUUCGCCCGAUAUAAUCAGUUGAAGCAGCUGUAUAACGACUUCAUGCGGAAGUAUGAAGUCCUGGGGCACAUGUCCCCUGCCCAGCCUAACGGCGCUGCAGGACUGGCCGAUUGCUACCUGCCUCACCACGGCGUGAUGCGCAAGGGGAGCUCGGCCAAGAUUCGAGUCGUUUUUAAUGGCUCGUCUACGGUUCCUUCAGGAGCCAGCUUCAACAGGCAUCUCAAGAUGGGCCCCAAUCUGUUGCCCGUCUUGGAAGACGUUUUGCUGCGGUGGCGAGUCCAUCACUUCGUGCUGGCGAGCGACAUCGAGAAGAUGUAUCGCCAGAUUCUCGUCGCCCCGGAGGAUCGACAUCUUCAGAGAAUUCUGUGGCGCUACGAGGACCAGACUGCUCCGCAGACCUUGGAAUUCAACACCGUGACGUACGGACUGGCCUGCGCUCCGUUCCUGGCGGUGCGCUCUCUGCGACAAUUCGCCGACGACGAGGAGGCCCACUUCCCCCAUGGAUCAGCGGCGCUGCGCCGGGAUGUCUACGUGGACGACAUCCUCACGGGCGCACCCUCGAGGAAGCCAUGGAUCUCCAGCGGCAGCUAA